AUGGACUGCGGGAACCCGGUGCCUAAACUCUACAGUUCUGUAAUUGAAGAUGUAAUUGAAAGAGUGCGGGAUCUCUUUGCUGAAGAAGGUGUAGAGGAACAAGUCUUAAAAGACUUGAAACAGCUCUGGGAAACAAAGGUUUUGCAAUCUAAAGCCACAGAAGACUUCUUCAGAAAUAGCGUCCAUUCACCUCUGAUCACCUUUCAGUUGCCACACAGCUUGCACCAAACAUUGCAAUCAUCAACAGCAUCGUUAGUUAUUCCUGCUGGUAGAACUCUUCCCAGUUUUACCACAGCAGAACUGGACACCUCAAACUCCAGUGCAAACUUUGCUUUUCCUGGUUAUCCUAUUCAUGUACCAGCAGGUGUGACACUACAGACUGCAUCCGGUCACCUUUAUAAAGUCAAUGUACCAAUUAUGGUAACACAGACUUCUGGAAGAGCAAAUAUUCUUCAGCAUCCAAUUCAGCAAGUAUUUCAGCAGCUUGGGCAGCCUUCAGUAAUACAGACCAGUAUUCCACAGUUGAACCCAUGUUCUCUUCAAGCAACUACUGAAAAAUCACAGAGAAUGGAAACUGUGCUCCAACAGCCUACGGUUCUUCAUUCUGGCACAGUGGAGAGGAAACGUGUAGAAAACACUACCAGUGAUAUACUUGUUCAUCCUGGAAAUGAGCAUAAACUCAUGUCUGAAGCUUUACCGAGUCAGCUGAAAAGCUCUCAGUAUAUCAGCCUUCCAGGUGUUGUAUUUUCUCCACAGGUCUCUCAGACAGAUUCUCAUGUGGAGCCAGUGCUCAGUGUUUUUGCUGGUAUGACUCAAAAUCUGCAUGGUGGGCCCCUCUCCACAGGCCCUCAGGGGACUCAGCACCAGCACAUGCCUGAUGUUCAGCUUCACAUUCUCAAAAAUAGGUUGUGUGGAUGUGAUUCUGUAAAGCAGCCAAGAGAUGCAGAGGAGCCCAGCAGUCUACCUGUCUCAGAGAAGGAUUCUAAUUCUCAGAUGGAUUUGAGCAUUCAAGUAGCUGAUGAUGGUAUUAAUGAGAUAAUUCAAAUAGAUGGAACUGGAGAUACAUCUUCCAAUGAUGAAAUAGGAAGUACAAAAGAUGUAGAUGAGAACGAAUUUUUAGGGAUUAUCGAUGCAGGAGACCUGAAAGUACUUGAAGAAGAAGCUGACAGUAUAUCUAGUGGAGAUUCGACUGCCGACAGUAGUGAUAAUGAAGACCCUCAAAUAGACCUUGUGGAAGAGGACCCUUUAAAUUCCGGAGAUGAUGUUAGUGAGCAGGAUGUGCCAGACCUGUUUGACACGGAUAAUGUAAUUGUCUGUCAGUAUGACAAGAUUCAUCGAAGCAAGAACAAAUGGAAAUUCUAUUUGAAAGAUGGUGUUAUGUGUUUUGGAGGGAGAGACUAUGUAUUUGCAAAAGCAAUUGGUGAUGCAGAGUGGUAA